AUGUCAAAGCGCAGCCGUAAAGAAGAAUGGUCAUCUUACGAAGAAGAAGAUAUGGAUGAUGAAAUGGAUGAUGAAGAAGAUUUUUCUUCCACUGAUUCAUCCAAUCAAUUGUUGAAAUUUAUUCGAGAGAAUUUUUAUCAUGCCAAUCCAUUAUCCGAUGAAAUUCCAGAACAAGAUAGAAAGAAACCAAAGGUUGUGGUGUCUCCGAAUGUUAUUGUUAAGACUCCUAUUAGGGAUUUUAAUCUUCAUGAUUUUAUUGCAAGAAGAAGUCCAUUAAUUCUAAACAAGAUGGAAUCAUGCAAUAAGGAAAUGGAUUGUAUUGUUGUUGAUUUGACAGAUGGCUUUCCUGUCAAAAAAGAAGAUUUGCAAGAUGGUGAUAUUGACAUUAUAUUCAAAUAUUUGUACGGUGAACAAGUGUAUUCUGCACAUGAAUUUGAAAGAAUGAAAGUUGUUUUCCAACUCGUUCAAUAUUUCGAAUUGGAAGAAUUGAGGAAAUUACUGGAAAGUAAUUUACCAACACAAACAAAAAUGGAACUCAAAAUUGAAACUGGAUCCAAGUUGAAUGACAAGGAACUGUUUAACACAAUGGUUGAAUUGUAUUCUUCGGGAAGAUCAAUUAAAUUGGUCAAUGAAAUUCUUCAAUCUGAUAUAGCCCUUGAUUGCAAGCUUUUCAUUUUGAGAAAUAAAUUGAAAGACGGUAACAAAAAAGCCAAGAAACUCACAAAGGAAAUGUUGAAACCAUUCGAAACCUCUAUUGAGGUUGUCAAGAAGGAUUCUCAACAUAUCUUUACAAACGGUUAUCAAGAAAUGUUGAAUAAUUCAGAAAUACUCGAGUUAUUAGAAAUUGAUUGGAAUAAUCAUUUGGAUUCCAAGUCGAUCCAUCAAGUUGAUCACUCUUUCAAAGCUUCUCAAUUUCUAACUACAGAUGCAGAUACCAAGACUUCAGAAACUUUGAAAUUAUUUGGAGAUGGACUAUCGGUCAAGGUUUCUUAUGACAAGAAAUCUGGCAAGUUUAGAGCUGAUUUUGCCAACGAUUUCACACAGUGUAGUAAUAAGGUAAAAUGUACCAUUCACUGUUCCUUUGACAGCGGUAAGAAUAUUUUCACACGUGAGCUGUAUGAUGGUAAGAAGAGAGACCAUGUUCUUUUCGAGCAUGAUAAGAAGUAUGUACAUUUUCAAGUUUGGGCUAUACUGGAGUACAAGCAUUAA